ACAUCAGAGGCGACAAUGGCAAGUUCCUCAAUUUCCCAGGACUUUUUGAGCAGCUGAACUGGUUGCUGCAUCAGGCGGCGGGAGUCUGGACUGUUUAAUGAUCUUUACCGGGCCACGACGGGAUAUUUAUAUUGAUGCAUAUUCAUCCUUUUCACUCUUACUUUUUUUUUUCUACCCUUCUAUCUCUGGUUCUGAUCACUCCAGCUUAUUCAGCGCUUCGCAUUUUAUUUCAUCUUUGUUUCAACUAGGUAUUCCCCUUUGCGCCUUCAACAUCUUGUUUUUAUUUCUACAAUGGGCAGAUGAAAUCUGGGAAUAAGGAGCACGCUAUGGACAUGUCUACUUUUUUUUAACAUUUCUUUUUCCUAUUCUAUUUCCAUUUGACAAUGUUCCUCCCUAUGUGUGAA